UAUAAAUCCUUAAAUAAGUACCACAGUGGCAACGCUAUAAAUAUUAAUUUCGAAACAGGCAGCAACAAAUAUAAUAACGCGUUCUCUGCAAUAUUUGCAGAAACAAAACGAAACCGUGUUUAGUGCUUAAUAGAAUUUAACAAAAUCAUCGAUGAAAGUGUUGACAGCUGUUUAUCAAUUUGGCAACUUAAAAUAAGGAAUUAAUUUUUUGUAUAUACCAAUGAAAUUAUGCGAAGCUCAAAAAAGUUAUUUUGCUGAUUCGCGGCUUUUUUAAUUAUCAAAUAUUGAGAAAAGGAAACAUUAAAUGAUUGAAAAAUGUCCAAUGCAAGUGCCAGUAGUACCUACAAUGGUCAUAACGAUUUUGCCAAUCCUCGUUUAGAGAAGCACAUGACAUUUGUGUGUCCCGAGUGUGGCGUAGAAUUCGAAUCACAACAAGAUUGGCGACGCCAUUUGAACGAGGAACAUGAUUACAUUAAUAAAACUCCAGAAGAUUUUGAUUUCAAAGAAAUCAGUGAAAGCUUCCAUGAAUGUCAGGUUUGCCAUAAAUGGGUGGCUAACGCGAACCAGGCCAUUGCCUUACUCCAAUAUCAUCGCUUUCUACACUUGCCAUUUAAUCGCACAUAUCGUUGCCGUCAUUGCAAAGGCGGUUUCACGCGUAAGCGUGCAUUAUGUGAACAUCUCUAUCGCUUCCAUAGCCGACAAAUUAUAAUGGCAGACAAAAUGAGGAAUGUCGAGGGAGAAACCACAACCAGCACCAACUUUACACAAACAGCGGAACAGAAAAUGGUGCGCGAUCCACGUUUAAAUGCAGAAUUCUAUUUACGUUUUAUAUGUCCACACUGCGGUAAGGUUAUAGAAAAGUUUGAGCAGUGGCUAAAACAUUUGGACAUUCAUCCAUCUACAUCUGAAGAUUUACGAAUGCAUCGUAUCUCCGGUUCCCGCAACCACUACUGCUUGCAAUGUCGUAAACUGCUCUACACCAAUGAACAGUCAAAAUUGCAACGGCAUCGCUUUACACAUCUUCCCUUUCGAUUAUAUUUUAAAUGCGCAUUUUGUAUGGUAAAGAAAUCAUUCAAAUCAGAAAUAUUUCGACAUUUCGUGUAUGCUCAUCCGCGUCAUUUUAACGAAGCCAAACCAUAUAUCAAGAAACCAAUUGAAUGGGGAGCGAAAAUAAAUGAUCGCCUCAAUACAGAAUUAGAUGCAAUUUUGAGACGUUAUAAAUGUACAAAUAGUUAUGAACAAGGGGACACAAGUGGGGAAAAUAGUCGCGGGCGACCAGUUAAGAAGCAAACAUAUGCCAGUGAAAAGGCUCGCCUUGCCGCUCAAAAACAAACCUCUGCGUCAUCAACCACUGGUACAUUACGACGAAGUAAUAUAAGAAUAAUUAAGGAUUUUGAUAUGGUGCAGCAAAAAUCUGGUACCACUCCCACAGAGUCAGUUACAGAAGAUGACUUUGAAGAAUUGUGUGCUGAUGUUUUUGAAUCUAUUGAAGAUGAAUUAAAUUCUACUAUAAUCAACAAAAAAAAUGAAUCAAAGGAAUUGGUUAAAAAUGAAAAUACCAAACAACAAAAUCAGCCAGAUGAAGAGCUGGUCAUAAGCAUUGAAAUCGAUGCAAUUGAUGACAAUAACGAACUAACAGAACACAAACAGAAUUUUAUGUCGACACCACCACGAAAACGUUUAAAGCUUAGCGAAGCUGAGAUAUCAACACGAAUUACAAAUGAACAAAUAACAAAAGAAAAUAAUACGAAAAUAACAAAAAAGUCUCCAGCCGUUGAUGUCAACAAGAAAGCAAUGUUUGAGGAAAAUAUUAUUUACCUUUGUCCAGAAUGUGGAAACGAAUUCGACAUACAAGCUAGCUGGCGAACACACGUUUUUAAAGAACAUAAUAUUGAGAAUGCAAUUCAAACUAAUUUUCAAUUGCUCGAAAAUAAGCAGUCUUACCUCUGCCUCGACUGUAUGGAUGUCCAACAUACUACACAAUUUGCUGAACUACAACGUCACCGUUUCACCCAUAUGCCAUUCCAAGCAUAUCUAAAGUGUAAAUUGUGUUCCAAAACUAAAUCGAGUAAACCAAAAAUGUUACAUCAUUUUCAACAAUGUCAUGGUAGUCAAAAAAAAUCGGUUCAAAACAAGACAGCACCCAACAAUAGUGAAGGCACGUUGCACUUCCAUCCAUGCACAAUUUGUUUGAAAUACUUCACAACAAAGGAGCGACUACAGCUCCAUCAGACGCAGGCAUGUGGAGUGCGUUCAAAUGGAUUACGUACCGCAAUGUGUGGUAAUAAUACCAACAUCAGCUCCACUAUCGCGAACAACAUGAAAUUGCUAAUUCAUUUGAAACAGGCACGUGUACGCAUGAAACAUUUAAUAACGCGUGAUAAAAACUGAUCGUGGAAAGAAACAAUUCCAGACUAAUUUUUCCUUCUGUUACAUUAAUAUUAAUAUUUUUAUAUUGAAAAUAAACUCCCUAGAAUAAUCUUAACAAUAAAUUAUUGAACUCAUCAUUA